AUGGACUCUCUACCCCAGGCCGCCUCCAGCAGUGUCACCGUUGAAUACACCGAUCCCUCGGGCCUGUUCCCCUCCGUCCAACCAGUCAUCGCGAACAAACUCCCCCUCCGCAACCUGCACUGGAAGUCACCCACGCGCCCCGUCCGCUCAAUCGAAUCCCUCCGCAUCGGGUUCACGCCGGCCAAGAAUGAGUCUGACGAACGCAAGUCCUCCAGCGAUGCGCCAGGCGGCGCCGUGACGCAUCGCCGGCACCAGAUCCCCGGCCUCCGACAGACACCUUACCUGAAGAUCUACAUCCUGCGGUGCGACGAUAACGACACGUACAAGAGUACCGCGAGGAAGGCGUUGCGGGAAUGGAUCAAGACGCAUGCGUCGUCCUCUUCGUCGUCCUCGACGUCGGGCUCCGGGGCUGCGGCUGCGGCUUCGAGCCAGGAGAAGCACGAUGCGUUUGAGUGGCUUAUCCUGCAUGUUAUCCAGGAAGGGGACGGGACGGAGAAGGUAGCGCCGACGUCGAAAUGGGGGCGGGCGAACACGACUGUGCUGGAGAAGGUGAAGGCGGAUUUUAAUGGGUCGUCCAAGUCGGCUGUUGAUCGGGUGGCUCAGUUGCGGAUUCCGAAGCCCGAGAGUACGGCCAAGUCGCCGGAGUUGGUUGAUCAGAUUGAGGACUUUGUGGAGAAGGUGAAGAAUGGGAUUCUGGCGUCCUUUGAUCUGAGGGUUGCGCAGUAUGAGGAGGAUAUCAAGGGGAAGGACUCGCAGCGGAGUUUACCCGGUUGGAACUUUUGCACGUUCUUUAUAUUGAAGGAGGGUCUUUCUAGGGGGUUUGAGAAUGUGGGAUUGUUUGAGGAUGCGCUGGUUGGGUAUGAUGAGCUGGCUGCUGGCUUGGAUGCCGCGAUCCAAGACCAGCUGGCGGGGUCUAGUGAGCAGCAUGGCAGCGCUUUCUUAACGAACAGUGAGGACUGGCGGGAACGUGCGAAGGCUGCUCUAGAUGCUCGGACGGAUUCCAAAGGCCCUGAUGGGGAAGGCGAAGAUAUUGCCCCAAUUCCUGAUCUUGACCCGGAGGAUUUCCCGAUUGACCCGGCCAGGAAGACUUAUCGAGAGAUGAUUCUCUCCAGCAAUAUCUCCAUCUUCGAUUUCCGCACUUACAUCUUCUCCCGACAAUUGACGCUCCUCCUCAGAGCAUCAAGGGCGCCGUCGCUUGUCACUGAGGACCCAGACGCCGACCCCAAGUCAGGGAAAGGAACAAAAAAGCCUGAAGACUUAAUGCUUCUGGCCGAGGUCUGCGAGCGAGCAGCCGAGUUUAUCAGCCUUGCUGCGCGGACACUUCGAGCCGACCUGGAAGGCGGCCUCGCGGAUGUCGAGAACGCUGCCAAGUCGGAGAUUAUAAGCAACCUCGUCUCGUCUUGGGCUUAUGCCGCUGCAUACCAGAUUUUGCUACAGACCUUUACACCAGCUCUCACACUUCCUGAGUCUUCCUUACAUGCGAUGGAAGCCGCCCUGGAUGAGAAGCAAAAGCAGGAUGUCCCGAAACGCACGACCUCGCUAGUCAUGCCUGCAAACCGCCAGUCGCGCUCAGCUAAGACCGAAAUAAUAUCUGCCAACGCGCUCUCAUCCGUUCACGAGCAACCAGGAUUCGAAGGACCAAAGCUCACCCCUAAAACAGGGUCGGAGCAACUGGCCUCUCAGCGGGGUGAACUCCUCUUGAUGGCCCGGAGGCUCCUAGAAGAGAUCGCUGGCCGGUGUGGGUGGAAGGAAUCGUGGACUGAUCUUGGGCUUCUAUUCGACGAUAGGGAUGCUAAGUCUGGAAACAUGGCAGACGUGACUUUGGAUGAUGAGAGCCCAGAGCCAGUGAAGGAGACCCAACCCAGCAACUCUCUUAGGGGGAUCGAUCUAUCGCAACUACAGGCAGCCCUGAAGUCUAGAAAAGCAUUCCGUGCGCAUUAUGAAGAGCUUACGGAUCGAAUGUACCGUCACUAUAUCGCGGCGAACCGUACGCAUUCGACGCACACUGCAUUGGCUGAUAUGGCCCUUUUACGUUAUCGUCAAAGCGAUUACGGCGCCGCUGCGUCGUACUUCCACCAGAUUGCUCCGUUCUACGGCAACAAACACUGGACUAUUCUAGAGGGAGUUAUGCUGGAGAUGUACGCGCGGUGUCUGAAAGAAUUAGGUCGAAAUGAGGAGUAUGUCAAAGUGGUGGUGCGCCUUUUGGCGAAGUAUGCUGCGCAUACGCAGUCCAAAUUGUCGAGUAGACAGAAGACACUCGAUGCGUCUUCAAUAUUUGCAGAGGAUGCAUUAAUCUCUGAGUAUGUGGAGGAACUGUUUCGGGCGUCCGGUGCGCUCCAGAAAGAUGUCUCUGCACCGUUGACGGACUUCUUCGGGGAUUUGAGCGUCAAACCUGCCAUCCUUCAUUAUAAGGACCGAGAUGGAUUUCAGCUACAGCUCUACAUCCGGUUCCUCCUUGGCAAGCAGAUUGAUGUUGAUUCGAUCAAGAUUCGACUUGUCAGCGCCAACGCCGGCACUCACAGCAGCGAGCAUUGGAUAGAAACGCCAGCGAAAGCGACUAUCAAAUCAUCUUCCACAAGGGUCUUGGUUGAUUCAUCGACUACGCUGCAGGGGAAAUACUUUGUGGACCGCAUUGAGAUGCGGGCGGAAAACCUCCUAUUUUCCAUGAGCGGGGGAGCGAAUUCUAACUUACCAGUGGGAUUCAGGGAAGAUGUCGACGAGGAAGAAGAUACUCGAUCAUACAUCCUGUGCUACCCACCACCGCAGGGCCUACAAGCAAGGAUUGAGUCGCCUCAUCUUGUGAACCUGGAGGCCUUGCGUACGCUCGAGCUGGAACUUAACAGUGGCUGGAACGAUAUCAAGACGGGUGUUUUACGAGUACGGCCUGCAACAGCGGGUCUGAGACUGAGAAUCACCGAGGCAGAGAUAGUAGAAGGUGACUUGGCGAUCAAGACUAACAGCGAGACGGGUAACAUCGAGUUUAGCAAACUAGGCGAAAACACGAUUGUUCGAUUCCGGAUCCCAUACACGGUCGAAGAGCACCCCGCGACGCUCUCUGCAAGGGCGGAGGUGACCUACGACACAGAGAAGGGACGAUUCAACUACUCAUCUGCACACAACGUUGCCUCUGCUCUGCCAAUCAGCGUGAAUGUGCAAGAUGUGUUCAAACAGAAUAUGCUCUUCUCGCGGUUCACGGUCAGCCCGGCUACGAUGAUUCCGCUCUGGCUUUCGAAAUGCAGCAUCCCAAGUUCGGAUGUUUAUGAAGUGCAGUCUAAUGUCGGCGAUCCCGUCGCCAUGAGGGUGUUCCCCAAACAGCCUGCUAGCCUGCUGUACAAGAUCCAACCACGAAAAGAUACUGCAGCCUCUCCUGGAUCGAAGCGAGCUCUACGGCUCACAGUCGACUUCACCUGCGUGGAUGACGAGUGCUUCGAUGCGGUGGAGAAGACAUUCAAAGAUAGCAUCUCCCGCAGUGAAUUCGCGCAGUACACGACAUUUCUCACGCCACACAUUGUCGAUGCCUUCCGGACGCAGCUCUCUCCGCCCGAGCUAGAGGUCGUCGGGCUUGUUCGCGAGGUCGAAGCCUUGCCUUACGCAGCUGUUCGUUGGGAAGGAUUGUUGAACGCGUUGAAAGAACCAAUGGACGAGCUACGGGCUUGGCUCAGGGCAUGGCAUGAUAAUCAUCUGAUGCUGUCCCUCCCGGAGCAGCCGUCAAUCCGUAGGCGCCACAUCAUCAUCCCCGUCGACAUUCCAGAAAUCCAGGUCGUGCAUACGGCCGAGCUUCGCCUCACCAGCCUGCCAGAGCAAGCACCCCAUGCGGCGGUCGGACAAACGAUCACCGCGGAGCUGCGGCUUUCGCAUACACGACGCUGGUGCACGCCCGAUCAACGCGAGGAAACAGCAGGCGGAGGCCCGCUAGAAUUUUCGUACGAACUGCACGCCAACCCAGAGCUCUGGAUGGUUGGUGGGCGACGGCGAGGAAACUUCUCCGCGAGCGAGGGCGAGACAAAGACAUUCGCAGUGAUGUUACUGCCGCAGAAGGCGGGCCAUCUACUUUUGCCGGGGCUGGAGAUUAGGAGCUUUGUGCCGCCACCGCCGCAGUCGCCGUCGACCACCAGCACGGGAACCAAUGUGCCGCCCGCGGUGGCGGCAGCGGGGACACCAGCGGUGCAGCGAAGGCCGAUCGCCUGCGAGGUCGACUACCGAAAUCACGGCGAGACGGUGCUCGUAUUACCUGAUCUGCGGGCCACGACGGUGAGUCUGAGCUUGUCGGGAGGAGGACAUGGGGGCUCCUGGCUGGUAGAUUCAGAGCGACGGGUUCACUCAUAG